AUGGACCCCAAAUCCCUCGCCCAGUCCCUGACCCCCUCCAAAGUGCACGCCGCUCACACCCUCAUAAAACCGUACAUCCACCGCACGCCACUACUGACCAAUAAAACCCUCAACGGAAUAGCCUCCACGCCGCAAACCCCGGACGCCUUGAAGGGAACGCCCUACGAGGGACAGACACCCGCGAACCCGACCAUCCGAUUCUUCUUCAAAUGCGAGAAUCUGCAGCGCAUUGGCGCGUUUAAGGCCCGGGGCGCGUUUCAUGCUUUGCUGAGGUUGAUUGAGGAGAGGGGUGAAGAGGAGGUGAGAAGGAAGGGGGUUGUUACGCAUAGUUCUGGAAACCACGCGCAAGCCCUAGCCCUAGCAUCCUUCACGCUGAACAUCCCCUCCUACAUCGUCAUGCCUAGGAUCAGCACCACUUCCAAGAUCGCAGGGACAAGAGCCUACGCCAAGGAAAUCGUCUUCAGCGGGUCAACAAGCACCGAGCGAGAAGCCGUCGUCGCCGAGGUCCAGAGCAAAACGGGCGCCAUCUUAAUCCCGCCAUACGACGACUUCAACAUUAUCUGCGGUCAGGGCACGACGGGUCUUGAAAUCGAAGAGCAAUACCUGGAACUGCUGGCGCAGAAUCCGCAGUUGAGUGCCCAUGGUUCGUCCGGGCCGAGUUUGGAUGCGGUGAUUACGCCUAUUGGUGGUGGGGGGUUGAAUUCCGGUGUGGCGACUUUCUUUUCGGAUAAGAAGACGAAGGUUUUUGGGGCAGAGCCGAGUUUCGAGGGGGCGGAUGAUUGUCGACGCGGGUUGGAGGCAGGGGAGCGAGUGACCGCUGUGAAGUCGUUGACUAUUGGAGAUGGGUUAAGGACACCCGUUGGGCUGUUGAAUUGGGAGGUUAUCUCGGAUAAGAAGAAGGUGGAAGGCGUGUUUGCGGUUACGGAGGAGCAGAUUAAGGCGGCGAUGAGGCUGGUGUUGGAGAGGAUGAAGGUGGUGGUGGAGCCGAGUUCGGUGGUGGGUUUGGCGGUUUGUUUGUUUAACGAGGAGUUUCGGAGGAUCGUGGAGAAGGAGGGUGGCGAGGAGGGUUGGGAUAUUGGGAUCGUGUUUAGCGGAGGAAACACCACCGUCGAGGCUAUCGCGAAGUUGUUUACUUGA